AUGAACGAGGGCACCACAAAAUCAGCGGCGGCGGCGGCGACGCCACCAGCUGAGGAGCUGCUGAAGAAGAUCCACGAGCUGGAAUUGGGCCACGCCCACCUGAAGCAGGAAAUGUCGAAGCUCAUGACUUCGUCCACGGCCGAGAUAAUGGCCGCCGAUCGUCAGCAGAGGCAGAGGUCUCACUCCAUCUCGCCGAAGAGGGCGCCGCGCCGGAGAGCCGAGGGCGGGGACAGCGGGGCCUUGGCGGCGUGGAGGAGAGGCUCCAUGUCGUUCCGCCACUCGUCGCCUUUGCAGAGAGAGAGUCGUAAUAGCGAUCCACAUAGGGUCGGCGGCGGCGGCGGCGGUGGUGGGGUUAAGUUCACCGAUAAACAGUAUUUGAAUAUAUUGCAGUCGAUGGGGCAGUCGGUUCAUAUAUUUGAUCUGAAUUGCCAGAUAAUAUACUGGAAUAAAACAGCAGAAAAUCUUUACGGAUAUUCAGCCUCUGAGGCUCUAGGGCAGGAUGCCAUCAAGCUCCUAACCGACCCUCGAGAUUUUUAUGUGGCCAAUGACAUCGUUCGUCGUGUAACGAUGGGCGAGAGCUGGACGGGUCAAUUUCCAGUCAGGAACAAAAGAGGGGAAAGGUUUAUGGCAAUCGCCACCGAUACGCCUUUCUAUGACGAUGAUGGAACUCUAGUCGGGAUUAUAUGCGUCUCUAAUGAUUCCAAACCUUUCCAAGAAGCAAAGCCUGUGGUAUCAGUUUCAAAGGAAUUGGAAAAUAGUGAGUCGAGUUUAAGUAGGAACAUAAGCAUUGCCUCAUCCGCACUUGGGCUUGAUCCUCAACAGCCUCUACAAGUGGCAAUCACAUCAAAAAUAUCGAAUUUGGCUUCUAAAGUCAGCAGCAAAGUGAAGUCCAAAAUGAAGCAUACAGAAAAUUACUCAGAUCAUGAAGGCGGCAGUGGGGACAGCCAGCAGUCGGACCGCGGUUUUCCUGAUGGAUCUUCAUUGGACCACCGGGAUUAUGAUGCGGCCUCGAGUGGGGCCAGCACUCCAAGAGGAGACACACAUCCCACCCCUUUCGGGGUCUUCUCAGGUGGGUCCCACAAGGAGAUCUCCCCUGGAAAACAUUCGAGCGAUGAGAGCGAACCAAAACCUGGGAUUUCGAAAAUUCUAACAAAGGCAGAGGCCCUGAUCGGGAAGAAGAACCUGUCGUGGCCGUGGAGAGGGAACGAACGCAAUGGGCCGGACACUAAGUCAGGCCGUUUUGGGUGGCCUUGGUUGAACAGUGAACAAGAAAAUGAGAUGGGCCAGCAGAGGAGUGACUCCAACACGGAUAUUGUGGUUGUUGAGACCAAUCGGGCGGCCUAUACCGAAGGGGUUCCUGGUUCUUGGUCUUCACCAGUUAAUGUCAAUAGCACGAGCAGCGCUAGUAGUUGUGGGAGCACGACAAGUAGUGUGGUUAAUAGAGUCGAUUUGGAUUCGGAUUGCCUGGAUUAUGAGAUUUUGUGGGAGGAUUUGACUAUUGGGGAACAAAUUGGGCAAGGUUCAUGUGGAACUGUGUAUCAUGCUCUGUGGUAUGGAUCAGAUGUCGCUGUCAAGGUAUUCUCGAAACAAGAGUAUUCUGAUGAUGUGAUAUAUUCUUUCAGACAGGAGGUGUCACUUAUGAAGAGACUGAGGCACCCAAAUAUUCUCUUAUUCAUGGGUGCAGUGACUUCUCCUCAACGUCUUUGCAUCGUAACAGAGUUUCUUCCACGGGGAAGUUUGUUCCGGUUAUUGCAGAAAAAUGGAUCAAAACUGGAGUGGAGAAGGCGCGUUCUUAUGGCUUUGGAUAUAGCACGAGGCAUGAAUUAUCUUCACCGUUGCAACCCGCCUAUCGUUCACCGUGAUUUGAAGUCUUCAAAUCUUCUCGUUGACAAGAAUUGGACUGUUAAGGUUGGAGACUUUGGUCUUUCGCGUCUUAAACACGAAACCUAUUUGACAACAAAGACGGGCAAAGGAACGCCUCAGUGGAUGGCUCCGGAAGUUCUUCGUAAUGAACCUUCAGAUGAGAAGGCCGAUAUAUAUAGCUUCGGGGUGAUACUAUGGGAACUUGCAACGCAUAAGAUUCCUUGGGAGACCCUCAAUUCGGUGCAGGUGAUUGGAACUGUGGGUUUCAUGAACCAACGGUUGGAUUUACCGGGAGAGGUCGACCCACAUUGGAAUUCUAUUAUAGAGAGCUGCUGGCAUAGUGAACCACAAUGUCGUCCGUCAUUCCAAGAAUUAGUCGAAAAGCUAAAAGAGCUGCACAGGAAAUUCGCCAUUCAGCAUCAAUCCGGACGUGCUGCUGGCCAGAAAGAGCUGUAG